UUUUUCUAUUUUCACCGAUUUCCCUCUCUGAUGCCACUUUCUCUCUCUCUUCAGAAGAAUUUUGCUCCAUCAAAAAUGGAAGAAGAGCAGCGAUCGCUUCUGCUGAGCACCGCCUCACGUUUCCCACUCCCGGAAGGGUUCAAGCCAUCGUACGGCACAUCUGGUUUCAGAGCUGAAGCUUCGCUUCUCCAAUCGACGCUUUACAGGAUGGGGAUCUUGUGUGCGCUCAGGGCUCUGAAGACCCAAUCAGUGAUUGGAAUCAUGAUCACAGCUUCUCACAACCAGGUCUCCGAUAAUGGAGUCAAAAUCGUCGACCCCAGCGGCGGGAUGCUCUCUCAGGAUUGGGAGCCCUUUGCCGAUGCUCUUGCCAACGCACCCACUCCUGACCAUCUCCUCCGCCUGAUAUCUGAGAAGAUCGAGCGUUGUGGAGAGAAGAAGGUUGAGGUUUUGGUUGGGAGAGAUACGAGGCCUAGUGGCCCAUCUCUGCUCGAAGCUACUAAACUUGGAAUUGGUUCGAUUAUUGGGGUUGUUGCCAUAGAUGUGGGGAUUUUAACCACUCCUCAGCUACAUUGGAUGGUUCGAGCUAGUAAUUGUAGCACACGAGCAGCCGAAUUUGAUUACUUUGAGCAGCUUUCGAUGUCCUUCAGGUCCUUGGUGGAUUUGAUUCCUGGUGGAGCUGAAAGCAAUGAGGGGUUUGACAAGUUGGUUGUCGAUGGCGCUAAUGGUGUUGGAGGUGAAAAGCUCUUGGUGUUGAAGGAAAUGUUGAAUUUGAAGGGGGUGGAACUUGAGGUUCGAAACACUGGAAAUGGAGGUGGCGUGCUAAAUGAAGGUGUUGGUGCUGAUUUUGUGCAGAAAGAGAAAGUUGUUCCUUCUGGUUUUGGCUCGCAGGACGUUGGGAUAAGGUGUGCUAGUUUGGAUGGAGAUGCCGAUCGAUUCGUAUACUUUACUGUGCCAUCAAAAGAUAGUACUAAGAUCGAACUUGUUGAUGGGGACAAGAUAUUAUCUUUGUUUGCUAUAUUUAUCCAGGAGCAGCUAAGCAUUCUCAUGAAGGGAACAGAUGAAAAUGAUUAUCAUUGUCGUAUUGGCGUUGUACAAACUGCUUAUGCAAAUGGAGCAUCCACAGAUUAUUUGAAGCAAUUAGGCAUAGAAGUUGUUCUUACUCCAACAGGGGUGAAGUACCUACACGAGAAAGCCUCUCAUUAUGAUAUUGGGAUCUAUUUUGAAGCAAAUGGCCAUGGAACCAUUUUGUUCUCUGAACCUUUUUUACAUUGGUUAGAGGCCAAGACUGAUGAGCUUUCUUCUAGAGCUCAAGGUCAAGAGCAGCGAAAGGCUGCUUUGAGAUUAUUAGCAGUCAGUAAGUUAAUCAACCAGGCUAUUGGAGAUGCUAUAAGUGGGGUUCUCUUAGUGGAGGCUGUUUUACGACACAAGGAAUGGUCAAUACAUAGAUGGAGUGAACUUUAUCAUGAUCUACCCAGUAAGCAACUUAAGGUCAAAGUCGUAGAUAGAACUGCCGUUGUUACAGCAAAUUCAGAAACUGAGGUUGUGAAACCCCCUGGCAUUCAAGAAGCCAUUAAUGCUGAAACAGCUAAAUAUCCAAAAGGCCGAUGUUUCAUUCGACCAUCGGGGACAGAAGAUGUGAUACGGGUUUAUGCAGAGGCAUCCACACAAGAUGAAGCAAACAGCCUAGCAAAUAGUGUGGCAAACGUAGUUGAUAAGUUUUUGGGCCUCGGCAGUUCCAAAUCCUAAGAUUCCCAACACUUUCUAUCACUAACUGAACUGACCGAUUUAUGAAGACAAAGGGUCUUCAUUUGACUACUUGGAGUGUGUGAUUUAAUAUUAUUAUUCUUUAGAGUGUGCUACCUACUUGUUAUAAAUUAUGCUAUUACUUAUUAUAGAUAUGAGAAUUUGAAUCUUGGUCAUAUGAGUAAGGGUAUAAAUUUCCCAUUUAAAUAUGUAUGCAAAAUAGUGUGGACCGCAGAACUUAGAGUCAUGUUACUGGAAAAGAUCCAGUUGAUGCAUUAAUUCUUUUUUUUAGCAUUAAUUAUGUUCUCUAGUUUCUAAAGAACUUGAAAUAAAUAGCUUUUGCUAUUAAUAAGAAAGGUACUAGCAUUCUUCUA